AUGGAAAAAAAAGACAAGGCAGGCGUGCGGAAGAAAGGGCGCCCCCGCAAAUUUGAAAGCCAACAAGCACUAGAUAGGCGCCGCGAACAGCUACGCGUGGCACAGCAGGCUUAUCGUACGCGAAAAGAGAACACCAUUGGCGACCUGCAGGAUCGUGUCCACGAGCUUGAGGCUGGCAUAGAGCAACUUAGCCAGUCCUUCCUCAAAUUCAGUGAUCUCCUUUUGGAAACUGGUCUCCUUGGAAAGCAUUCACAUGUCACAUCAGCCCUCCGAAAAAUAACCCAGCAACACCUUUCGCUUGCUGAGACUGGAUGUGCGAGUCCUGAUGAAGGGGCUCUCAACGAGGCUGUUGGCGCCACUUCAUCCACUGCCAUUGACAAGGACGAACAACGCAGUGAAAGUCCCACAAGGGUGCCGUCAAAUGAAAGUGCUCCUACCGCACUCUCAUCAACCCCGAUAGGAUGGGCUGAGCUGCCGCCCUUACACACACAAGCAUCCCUCUACCAAGGCCAACUGACGCCCCAGUUCAGUUUCUUCAUGGCUCCGCUCACUAAUGAGCCACCCAUUCCGCUAUCAUCAUCAUCAGGUCGCUCCCCAGCCAUUGCUCUCGCUAGCUCUAUGAAGGAAGAGCAGUUGACUUUCUCACAGUAUCUAGUAAAAGUGUGCUGUCAGAAUGGGUAUAAGCUCCUUGUCAACACCCCGAAUGACCUGGCGAAGAUUCAAGAAGUUUUCGGGACAUCAAUGGGUCCAACUGAGCGUGAUAGUUUCAUCUCCUGUUUUCAUGCUGGAAUACAUGACAAGACUGGAAGUCUCAUUGAUCUCAUGGCCACCGCACUUGCCCCGUUGCAUUUGAUGAGAGAUAACUAUGCCUCGGGAGAGCUUGCGGCCCAGACUGAAGAAUUGGGAUCAGCCGUCGCAUCCGAGGCCGGUGAAUGGUUAGAUGCCAGCGGUGUACAGAAAUUCCUCAGCGAGAGGGGUUUUUGUAACCAGGAGAAUGGUCUCCCAUUUUCUCACCCAAGUCUUGUUUCGUCGCUUCAUGUUGCGGCCCUUGUUCAGUACCUCGCUACUGAGUGCAUUUGCUUUGGACAUGGUCCUGCAUUUCGACGCCAGACUGUUGAGGCUGCAUUGCGCCUCGCAGGAAAACCAUGA